AUGGGCAUUUUCAGUCAUGUCCGCCUCGCCUGGGUUGUGCUUAUGACCGGUCUGAUGACUGCAAUGGGCGAUAAACCUCUCGUUACCUUUCCCGCCGCCUUUGAAAUAGACUUACUAUUUCCUCACAAUGCAACUUACGCUCCCAGCCCGCUGAUGCCCAUCGUGUUUGCGGUACAGAAUCCAGCUGUGACUCCGAUAGACGCCACAAUCAAGUUCGACUUGUGGCAAGGCAACAACAAGAGAUCGCCGGGCUGGGUUGGCAACGUACCCAUUACUAUCGGCCUCGACGUGGCCACCCAGAGCCAGAAGUCCAACGACCCUCUCCUGCUCAGCGCUCCUGUCAACACUAUUGCCUACCCGGACGGCGUAUGGACCAUUGCCUGGAGCCUGGAGUACGACAACUGCUCUACCUUCUUCAGCUUGGCGCACAGCGAAACCUUCUACACCGUCUUCACCGUGAGCAAGUCUGGGCAGGCACCAGAUCUCGAGGUGGCCACAUCCGCCGAGGUUUGCGGCGCCGCGAAUGCCCUAGCAUACAACUUCACCUUUUACGAGUCACUGUGUGACCUUCUCCCGACUCCGACCACCAACCCGUGCGCGGUGACAAUCGAUUCUGCAGCCGCGUCCAGCCUAACUGCCUUGGCCAGGGCCACAGGCUACGUCUGCUCGCCGAAUUCGAACCUCACAUGUCCGACUUCAUUCCCCGCUUUUGGCAGCCCUCGCGUAACAGCAUCGUCGACAUUACUUACGCUGCUGGCGGUACUGGUUGCCCUGAUCUAUCUUGGAUGA